CCGCCCCCCGCCCCCUCCCCGCUCCCGGGGAGCCGGGCCCGCGGCUCCUCCUCCCGCAGCCGCAUCUGGGGCGCCGCGCCGGCGAGCGGAGGCAUGGGGCGCCCGCGGGCCGGGGCCUAGGGCGCGGGGCCGAGCGGGCCGGACGCAGGCACCGGGGCCGCCCCCCUGCCGGUGGCACCUCGUGGUCCCCGUGUGAGCAGUGCUGGAGGUCCCUGCCGCACGCUGCUUCCUGCUGCGCCUCCAACCCAGUGCCUGGAGGGAUGUGUGUGGCCGCCCAUGGUCCUAUGCCUGCUUCCCCCGUGACGCCUCCUGGUCCCCUACGGGCCCCCACUUUUGGUCGACACUCAGCUCACUGGUUGGAGAGCCGCCGCCCGGGACAGGCCACCCGGGCGCCCCGAUAGGGGACGGCCCCUGCCCUGAGGGCCGGGAUCAUGAAAGGCCUCGGUGACAGCCGCCCCCGCCACCUCUCCGACAGCCUGGACCCCCCUCACGAGCCCUUGUUCGCGGGGCCUGACCGCAACCCCUACCUGCUGUCGCCCACCGAGGCCUUCACCCGGGAGGCCCGAUUCCCCGGCCCCACCACCCUGCCCGGGGAUGGGCUCUUCCCGCUCAGCAACCAGCUGCCCGCACCCAGCAGCACCUUCCCCCGCAUCCACUACAACUCCCACUUCGAGGUGCCGGAGGAGAGCCCCUUCCCCAGCCACGCCCAGGCCACCAAGAUCAACCGGCUGCCGGCCAACCUCCUGGACCAGUUCGAGAAGCAGCUGCCCAUCCACCGAGAUGGCUUCAGCACGCUCCAGUUCCCCCGCGGGGAGGCCAAGGCCCGGGGCGAGAGCCCGGGCCGCAUCCGCCACCUGGUACACUCGGUCCAGCGGCUCUUCUUCACCAAGGCGCCCUCUCUGGAGGGCACGGCGGGCAAGGUUGGGGCCAAUGGCAGCAAGAAAGGCGGCCUGGAGGACAGCAAGGGCCGCCGGGCCAAGAGCAAGGAGCGGGCCAAGGCUGGCGAGCCCAAGAGGCGCAGCCGCUCCAACAUCUCGGGCUGGUGGAGCUCCGACGACAACCUGGACGGUGAGGGAGGCGCCUUCCGCGGCCCCGGGCCCGCCUCCGGGCUGAUGACGCUCGGCCGCCAGCCGGAGCGCAGCCAGCCCCGCUACUUCAUGCACGCCUACAACACCAUCAGCGGGCACAUGCUCAAGGCCGCCAAGACCACCGCCUCGGAGCUGACGGCCCCGCCGCCCCCGCCCGCGCCCCCCGCCACCUGCCCCAGCCUGGGCGUGGGUACCGACACCAACUAUGUCAAACGGGGCUCCUGGUCCACGCUGACCCUCAGCCACGCCCACGAGGUCUGUCAGAAGACCUCAGCUACCCUGGAUAAGAGCCUGCUCAAGUCCAAAUCCUGCCACCAGGGGCUCGCCUACCAUUACCUGCAGGUGCCCGGCGGUGGCGGUGAGUGGAGCACCGCGCUGCUGUCCCCGCGCGACGCCGACUCCGCGGCUGAGGGACCCAUCCCGUGCCGGCGCAUGCGCAGCGGCAGCUACAUUAAGGCCAUGGGCGACGAGGACAGCGAUGAGUCCGGCGGCAGCCCCAAGCCCUCGCCCAAGACAGCGGCACGGCGCCAGAGCUACCUGAGGGCCACGCAGCAGUCGCUGGGAGAGCAGAGCAACCCCCGCAGGAGCCUGGACCGCUUGGAUUCCGUGGACAUGCUGCUGCCCUCCAAGUGUCCCAGCUGGGAGGAGGACUAUAACCCCGUCAACGACAGCCUCAACGACUCCAGCUGCAUCAGCCAGCUCUUCGGGCAGGCGUCCCUGCUUCCCCAGCUGUUCAGCCACGAGCAGCAGGUUCGGGAUGCGGAUCUGAGCGACCAGUAUGAGGCGGCCUGCGAGUCCGCCUGCAGCGAGGCGGAGUCAGCCACGGCCGAGGCGCUGGACUUGCCGCUGCCCAGCUACUUCCGCUCCCGCAGCCACAGCUACCUGCGCGCCAUCCAGGCGGGCUGCUCGCAGGAGGAGGACAGCGUGUCCCUGCAGUCCCUCUCCCCGCCGCCCAGCACCGGCAGCCUCAGCAACAGCCGCACGCUUCCGAGCUCGUCAUGCCUAGUGGCGUAUAAGAAGACCCCGCCACCGGUCCCGCCGCGCACCACGUCCAAGCCAUUCAUCUCCGUCACCGUGCAGAGCAGCACCGAGUCCGCCCAGGACACCUACCUGGACAGCCAGGACCACAAGAGCGAGGUGACGAGCCAGUCAGGCCUGAGCAACUCGUCGGACAGCCUGGACAGCAGUACCCGGCCACCCAGCGUGACCCGGGGCGUGAUCACCCCGGCCCCCGAGGCCCCGGAGCCGCCCCCAAAACAUGCAGCUCUGAAGAGCGAACAGGGAACGCUGACCAGCUCCGAGGCCCACCCCGAGGCCCUCCCCAAAAGGAAACUGUCAUCGAUAGGAAUACAAGUUGACUGCAUUCAGCCAGUGUCCAAAGAGGAGCCCAGUCCCGCUACCAAAUUCCAGUCCAUCGGGGUUCAGGUAGAGGACGACUGGCGAAGCACGGUCCCCUCGCUCAGCAUGUCCUCCCGCCGGGACACCGACUCGGACACCCAGGAUGCCAAUGACUCGAGCUGCAAGUCGUCCGAGAGAAGCCUCCCCGACUGUACCCCGCACCCCAACUCCAUCAGCAUCGAUGCUGGCCCGCGGCAGGCCCCCAAGAUUGCCCAGAUCAAACGCAACCUCUCCUAUGGAGACAACAGCGACCCCGCCCUGGAGGCGUCCUCGCUGCCCCCGCCGGACCCCUGGCUCGAGUCCUCGUCCAGCUCCCCGGCAGAGCCCGCGCAGCCCGGGGCCUGCCGCCGCGACGGCUACUGGUUCCUGAAGCUGCUGCAGGCCGAGACGGAGAGGCUGGAAGGCUGGUGCUGCCAGAUGGACAAGGAGACCAAAGAGAACAAUCUCUCGGAAGAAGUCUUAGGCAAAGUCCUCAGUGCAGUGGGCAGUGCCCAGCUCCUGAUGUCUCAGAAAUUCCAGCAGUUCCGGGGCCUCUGCGAGCAAAACUUGAACCCUGACGCCAACCCGCGUCCCACGGCCCAGGACCUGGCCGGGUUCUGGGACCUGCUGCAGCUGUCCAUCGAGGACAUCAGCAUGAAGUUUGACGAGCUCUACCACCUCAAGGCCAACAGCUGGCAGCUGGUGGAGACCCCCGAGAAGAGGAAGGAAGAGAAGAAACCACCCCCUCCGGUCCCAAAGAAGCCAGCCAAAUCCAAGCCGGCGGUGAGCCGGGACAAGGCCUCAGACGCGGGGGACAAGCAGAGGCAGGAGGCCCGCAAGAGACUGCUGGCAGCCAAACGGGCCGCGUCUGUGCGGCAGAACUCGGCCACAGAGAGUGCGGACAGCAUCGAGAUCUAUGUCCCCGAGGCCCAGACCCGGCUCUGAGUACCAGCAAGGAUCAACGCUUUUAAGUCAUUAAAAACAAAACAAAACAAAACAGACAACAACAACAACAACAAAAAAAAAAAACACAAAAACUAAAUGCAAAUGGAACAAAAUUUUCUCAACCUUUAAGUACGGUCGUUCUGUCUCGAGACCCUGAGCCAACUUUCCAAUUGACGCAUCCAAGGGCUCACGAUUUGGCUUGUUUGGGUCCCUCCCAGGUUUAGAUUACGAAGUCUUCACCCAAAAAGAUGUCAACAAAACACAAAACUUUCCAACGUUUUUCCUCCUCCUGCUGGCCGUGGUGGACCAGAUGGAUGGACCAAGGCAGCCCCCCGCCCGGCCCGAGGUCUUUUUACCUGUUCUAACAAGAACCACUCUAGCUUGUUUACAAGACGACCGUCCGAAGGGGCAGCCUUGGGCAUCUGCCCUGUCCCUCCUCCUCCCCCCCGCUGACCCUCUCUGACCUUGGAAUUUUCAUUCUUCAGUUGUUUCUCUCUCCCCCCUCGGAGCUCACACAGGGGUCACCAUCCCGACUCGCAGCUGGCUGGUCCCCGGCCCUUUCUGGGGCUGGGGGCCCAGAGAACAGAGACGGACACGCAUCCCCCAACCCCUCCCACCAAGUGCUCACACACAGUCACACACGCGUGCACACGCAGAUGUAGCUUUCCUCCCCGCCCCUGCGGCACAGCGCCCACUGCCCCCCCCACACAACCCCCCUCCGCGCCCCCCAGGCAGGCCCAGAACGCCCCUGGGCCGGACUGAGCGGUGGGCUCCUCCCGGGUCGCCACGCGCCCACCUCUCCGGCCCCGUCUUCCUUCCGCGGAUCGUCUGGCUGAGAGUGACGCGCGGGGGACGAGAGCGGGCCCUCCAGCCCUGGCAGCGCCCGUGUCCAGCGCCGGGGGGCGGGCGGCGGUGUCUGUAUGUCGUGUACAUAUGCACAUAGAACUUAGAGUAUAUUUAACAGUCGCCCAUCUGCUCACCCACGCCCAGCUCGCGGGGCACCUAGCAGGAGGCGGGAGUGUGAAUAGCAUAUAUUUUUACAUGUACUAUAUCUAGGUGUGUGUACAAGUGUGUGUAAAAAUAUAGACCUUGUGUGUAAGCAGCCCCCCUUUUUUUUUCUCCCGUCCCGUCCCAUCCCCUCCCCCGCCCUCGGGCCCAUCUGCCCAGCCUGAGUUUUCUGUUCUCUUCUGUUUCUCGCCCCAACCCUCCUCUCUCCCGCGCCCCUCAGCCCCACUCCCAGGGUGUCCGGACCCUGAGCUGCAAAGGCCCGCGGGGCGGGGCGGGGUGGGGCGGGGCGGGGUGGGGCGGGGCGGGUCUUGGCAGCGGGCUCCGGCCUCGGGGUUCUGAUCUGCUGUGGGGGGGGGGACCUGGCGCCGGACGCGUCUUCGUGUCCAGGCUUGCUGCAGGGGCCCGGGGAAACCAGGGCCCACUCUGGGGCCGCAUUCCAGCUUGGCCGCCGUCUGUGACCUUGGGCAAGUCACUUGACCUCUGUGUGCCUCAACUUCCUCCUCUGUAACAUGGGGACAGUCCCGCCCCUCCCUACCUCACAGGCAUGUUGUGAGAAUAAAUGAGGUAACGUGUA